UGUCUUUAAUCGUUUGUUCUAUUGGCUUUUGAGUUCUGCAAUUGGUUUUACAAUUUUAGUUUCACAAUUUAGUUGGCUUUUAACUUUUCACAAAAACAGUUUACAUGGAUUUACAUGGGUUUUACUUUUGGUUUUACUUUAGUUUACAUGGAUUUGGUUCAGUUCUGUUUAAUUAGAUUUUUAGAUUUUUACUAGGUUUUGGGAUUUUGGGACGACCGCCGCCAACGGUCACAAUUGCAGAGUGAGUGGUGAGCAUCCGGAGUAUUACCCCAGAGGGCAACUUUUGUUCCGAAUACUCACCACUUUACAUGGCGGGAAAAAGCGACAUCGAUAAACAUGGCGGGAAAAAAGAAUUCUUUGGGACGGCAGGGCAUCGAUAACAGGGUUGCAGCAAAAACAUCAGAAGUCUUAUACAGUGACAAGGGCUGCAGCGUCACAUUGGCGGGAAUUUUGUUGAAGCGCAGCAAGACAUCAGCGGUGGUAAAACGGAGCUGGAGCAGGACGACGGGGGCAUUUUGGAUAAAUUGCCGGGCAAUUCAUGCCAAUCCUUGGCAUAUGGCAAAUCCGAUAGCAUCAUCCAUGGCAACUGGUAACAUCGUGACGUGGAUGGGUGGCAACGCUCUCAGAGACAUGGAAGAGAAUUGCCAUAAUUUAGUAAAAGAUUGCUGCAGUUCCGGGAAAAAUGGCAUAACUUUAAACAAAAUGGCACAAAAGUGGACGGACGAGGGCAGCUCCAAAAACAUAAGAAUUGACAUCAGGAGGGACAGGAAUCAGGUCAAGAGUUCAGCAGGAGGCCAUCGUCCAAGUAAAUACAUCAAGAGGUCCAGGGGGGUAAAAGUCGUCCAACAGAGUAAAAUAAUUAUCAUAAAAUCAGGGCAGGUUGACCCCGUUGUCCAAAUUUACCCGGGAGGAGAUCGUCAGGAGAAGGUCCAGUAGAUUUGUCAAAA